CAAUCGCUUCCGCGUUCUACUUUGUACUGCUCAGCUGUUUCCGGUGCUACGAUGGCGACAGCUGUGUUUUACACCCGGUCUCUUUAAGAACUCCCAAAAUUGAGUAUGACAGAUGUCCACCGCAUCUGCAACAUGUCGAAGAUUACACUUGGUGAUUCAACGCCAGUGGUAAUGACACAGAAGACAUGUUCCUGUGUGGCAGGCACUGCUUUAUGCAGCCACAUAGUGGCCCUGCUGUAUCAAACGGCACACUAUUCACAACUUGAAAUACCAGUGGUACCCCCUGUUCAUAGCUGCACAGAGUCAGAACAGCAAUGGCACAAGCCAAGAACUAUGGGUGUGAAGCCUGGACCCAUCAACGCCAUGGUCUUCACCAAGCCAGUACCAAAGCGAAGGGUACAGACUGGAGUAAGGAGUGGAUUCUACAGAGGCCUGGUCGGUCCAUUACCUGAUCCCUGCAUGUUCCGAAUAUCAGAAGCAUACAGUCGCUUUAGCCUUGAGGAUCAGCCACUUGUGACCACCAUGAACAUGAGGUCUGACCAGCCCCUUGUGGAAAUUGGCAUCGGGUUAGUGCAAAAGGGAAGUGUAUUGUCCUAUCAACAGCCUGCACAGAAGACCCGGUACAUCACACAUAUUCAUGACACGCCACCAACACCACACUUGCCGCUGGAUGGACAUGAUUGCACACCAUCAGAUUGUGCAUUUGUAUGUACCAAGGAGCAGCAGCUUCACCUAAACAGUUUGUCGUGUCCAUGGAAAUGGCAAACAAAAUUGAAAUAG